AUGGUCGAUCCAGAUCUUGACUACGACCUCUCCUAUGAUGAGCAAGGGUUCGUGUGCAUCUUGCAUUCAACCUUCUUCGAUAUCAACCUGCGCAUCGACCACACCGUAGAAGAAUACGUGGAGCGCAUCCUGGAUAUCUUGGUCGAGGCUAUUGAAGAACAAGUAUUGCAAGGGCAUGAUAAUGAAGUAUGGUGCCUACAAUUCUCUCAUGAGGGAAAAUAUUUAGCAUCUUCAUCCAAUGAUAGAUCCGUGAUCAUAUGGGAGGUCCAUGAAGAUGCAGAAGUUUUAUUAAAGCACACUCUACAUGGUCACCAAAAACCAGUCGUAACGAUUGCUUGGAGCCCUGAUGACCGCUAUCUUCUCUCGUGUGGCAUGGAAGAAUCCAUCAGAUGCUGGGAUGUUCACUUAGGCGUGUGUUUACAUGUAUAUGAAAAAAGUGGUCUUGGCCUAAUCUCUUGUGUUUGGUCCCCAGAUGGGAAGCAGUUCUUCUGCUGCGUUACAGACAGGAGCAUAUCACUGUGGGAUCUAGAGGGGAAUGAAGUAGAUUGUUGGAAAGGGCAGCGAACAACAAAGAAUUCAGAUAUGGCUGUCACGAAAGAUGGCAGACAUAUCAUAACGAUGUGCCGGGAAAUGACAAUACUGUUGCUUGACAGGGAAGCAAGAAUCGAGAAAUUGAUUGAAGAGGAUCAAAUGAUCACUUCAUUUUCAUUGUCAAAGGACGAGAAGUUCCUACUGGUGAAUCUUUUGAACCAGGAGAUUCAUUUGUGGAAUAUAGCUGAUGCUCCUUUGCUUGUAGCAAAGUAUGCAGGCCACAAACACAGCCGGUUUGUCAUAAGGUCUUGUUUUGGGGGAUUUGAGGACUCUUUCAUUGCAAGCGGAAGUGAAGAUUCACAGGUAUAUAUCUGGCACAGGAAAGCUGGGACUCUGAUUCGAGUCUUGCCUGGGCAUUCUGGUGCAGUAAAUUGUGUUAGCUGGAACCCUGUAAACCCUCACAUGCUUGCAUCUGGCAGCGAUGAUCACACAAUUCGUAUAUGGGGAAUAAACAAAUUCAAUCUUAAGCGGAAGGAUACUUUAAGCAAUGGAUUCGUCCGCCAAUGCAAUGGGAUCGGCAAAUGACCCAUGAACGGAAUAAGGAGAAAAGGGUAAGAAAAGUCCAGAGGAUAAAAGAAAAUUGGAGCUCAUUAGGUACCAGCUUUUCUUUCAGCCAUUCCUUCAUUCAGCAAUGUACAUCUUUUUUUAACCCUUUCUGUUAUCUGUUAUUCGAGUGGCAUCAAAUAGCAGAUAAGCCUGUAUAAAUAUACCAAUGCUAAUUGCUAUUAUGUGAACCAUUGAGCAUCUUUUCAAAUAUUUUUUUCCACUC